UUGCGUGUGUGUUGCUUCAUUAGUAGAGAUGGCAGAGAAUGGCAUACUAGCAACACACCGUCAGAGCAUUCUGGGUAUCGUUCAAUGGGACAUCCCGUUAAUGUCCCGAGUCAUCAUAUGAUUGAUCCCUAUGGCGGUGGAUAUCACGCAACUGGACAUCCCAGCGAUGUUCCGAUACAGCAUAUGAAUGAUGCCUACCCUCCUUCUAGUCACUAUGAUGAUCCAUUCAUGUCUGGACAUCCCAAUCAUGAUCCAAAUUCCUACCCAUCUUCAAGGGAUCCUGAAAUUGGGUAUCCUCAUUCUGGGCGUCCAUUUAAUCGACACUCUUCUCUGGAACAUCCGAGUAAUGCCCCAGGUUCUGAUCUGAGCCAAUUAAAUGACAUUCAUUGGCAAAACGGCUUCGCAGAUGAGUUGUCUUCGAGACACUUACAACCUUCUUCAUCUUCGACUGUUCAUCCGCCAUCUUCCCAUCACUCCAACGGGCCUUUUGCUUCUCGUGAUUACUGGCGGGGAAUGAAACCACACCCACCUCAAGACCACACCCACAGGCCACCGCCACACCAAGUACAUUUAUUUGAUGAUUAUUAUAGCACAUUUGACAAUAGUGUAAAUUCCCUCAGGAUGGAGAGCCCGCUCAUUACCGUCAGCCUCAGCCAGACUCCAACUACAGAGUGCAGAGCUCCAACUAUAGACCUGCUGGACCAGAGACCCACCAUAAUUUCAGAUCCGACAGCCCUGCUGCUCACGGCCCUGAGCCAGGAGGAGGAGGAGGAGGAGGAGGAGGCAGCUACUGGAGGUGCUCUGGAACAAGAGACAGAGUCCCUGUCUCCAGACCAUCACAAUGGGAGACCGGUGACCCCAGAUCAUCUCUCCCACAGCGGAGAUCCUCAGAGUCUAACCAGAGAAAGAAUUUCAUCAACACUACCCCUGAAGACUGGCGGCAUAAUCAUAUUUCUGUUGACAGAAAUGGAGCGUCUUACUCACCUUCAAUUUAAGAGCCUUGCAAUAACAGUGAAUAUGUACAACUAUAAUUAUAUAGCCUCUCAGUCUUCUUGGAGCCCUGGUUUUGAGGAGACAGGUAGCAGUCCGAGACUUCGAAUGCCACAGCCAUCUCCCUCAACUCCCAGCGAUUAUAACAAUGCUGCGCCAGAGUUCCACGUCGAUUCUUACCACCACCAGCACCAUCCCCACUAUCACAAUGAGCCUCCUCCAUUUGGUGCCCCUCAUAGUCAGGUGGGGGGGUUCGAUAAGGAGAGGAGAGAAUCGGGGCUUCUGAAAACACCGGAUGGUGGGAGAUUACCAAGAGUUGCGUCAUCUCCGGUACAUGGAAGGGGAGGAAAAGUCGGCAAAGAAGAGCGAAGAUCAACGUGCCCGAGAGGUCCACCCUAUCAUGACAGGAGAGCAGCCCCUGCAAUUAUUAAUGGGGUAAUUGUGGGCCCAGGUCAUUAUUUGAGAGAUCCGAGACAGGCAGGUUUCACCAGGAGUCAACGAGACUGUAAGACUGUUCUUCAGGAUCACUCUUACUCCAAGGAAUACCGUGAGGGCUAUGAAGACCACCCCCGGUUUCAGCGGAUCGAACCAUGCAGCACGCUGAGCCCCGAUCUCCUAACGGAGCUGAAGUCAUCCGCAGCCAAAAAAGGCAAGGCAGCUCGGAGAACUCCAAAAAACGAGUGUUCGACAGUUUCAAAUCAUUCCGAAUCGCCGACCAGCUCUGCAGAAUCGUCGUCCAGAGUGGAGCAAAAACCUACUGAGAGUGCUGGAUCAGAUAGUCCUGGCUCAUCUUCAAACAAAAUUGAGCAGGGCACACGCAACACUAGCAACCCAGAGAAGCGGCCAGUUUUACAUUCUCUCGACAAAUGUGGCACAAAACCGAGUGGGACGGUAAAACCAAUCGCCAGGGUUAGACCCACCACCACCACGGCAAGCAGCUUGGGGAAACAGCCACCAUUACCGGAAUCAACAAAAAGUUCUCUCGGCGCACGUGGUAUGAAUCAAGGUGAACUAGUGAAGCCACCCGCAAGCUCUGUGGAAACUUGCUCGCUGCAAGAAUCCCCAGCGAUCCAGAAAAAUGGACCAGCACGUGAGAUACCUCCCCAUGAAUUGAUGGCUGAUGGAAAAUGCGGGUGCCUGAAAAUGCCGGCACCAGCUCACCAGUUACGGGAGCCAGUCCCUAAAAAGCCAGAUACCCCACAGAUAAAGACUGGCUCUUCAGAAGCCAGGGAAUGCAAAAUGGACAGCGAGGAAAAGGCCCCGACACCUUUCGAAAGAGACCUGAUCAGUUUGCCCGGCGAGUUUUUUCUCGACCUUGACCCAGAGCCCACUAGCGGUAGCAACAGCAACAGCACGUGCUGCAGUGAGAGCGAAGAACCCACGGGGAGUCGAACGGAAGAUUCCGACAUGGAGAUUGUAGAAGCCGAAGAUGAAGCGACGGAAACGGCUGACGAACAGCCGACGUUAGUGGACGGAGCUCAAGCAUCGGAAGACGAGUCUCUCACUCUGUCUCUUCCCGAGAGUCUGCAGGGUUCAGAGGUCAUGGAGGAGAAUAACUCGCCGGAGAAGUGGUCGGUUACGUCGCCGGAGCCCGGGAAGAUGAGGUUCUCUCGCCUCGACAACAUCUGCAGCUCGUCGGACUCAGAGAGAUUGAGCGUGAAGCAGAUGACGUCAAACCGAAUCCAGUUGCGAAACGGGCGUGUCUUGCCUGCAAGCCACCUUGCCUACCAGGCCAAGCUCACCACAAGCCCUCCCUCGUCAGACACGCCCACAAGCCCCACCUCUUCUUCCUCCAGCCCUAAAACCGGUCGGCUGCGGAGAUCAAAACGGUUGGCGGCGUCAAGCGACCCGCUUUCCUCCCACAUCUGGGGUAUGUACUCGACCCAUGACAGUGACUCGACCGUCGAUCAAUCGUUUGACACGCAACAACCGAGUGAAGAUGCUUCGAGCGAUGAAUCUGAGUUUGAGAUGCCAGAUUUCGCCCCCAAGUCCGGGCAGGCAGAGUACCAGCAGACCAAGUCGCCGGGUGAAGGGAGAGGAGGGAGGGGGAGAAGAGGGAGAGGGGGGAGGGGCCGCUGGGCACGCCGAGGUGGAGUAAAGAGAGGAGGAGGGACCACAAGAAGCAGUGUCGAAGGUGAAGAUUUGCCAUCCUCCAGUGGAGUUCAGUUCUAUGAACACAAACCAAGAACUCGGGAAGAGGACAGCGUCUUGCAACGAAGAUUGGCCCUAGAAAUGGAGGUGAAGAGAAAUGAGAAGAUACAGUCACAGCAGAGCGACCUGGUGCCGCCGCGGCAGUUCAACAAUACCAUCAUGAAGGAUGAUGACAGAGGUAGCGUGGUUAGUGAAGGUUUACCGACCUCGGCCAGUUCUCUGGAGAGCCCACAUCAUCACUCCCAGUCCACCACCUCCUCCACCAAGACAGACAGUCUCUCAACUGACUUCUCGCCUGAUUUGAUAGCCCGGGUCAAGAAGAUAUCCACUGCUCGAAGCUCCGGAGACACUCCGCUACACAAGUGCUGCAGGACAGGGAGAUUUGAUAUGGUGCGGUAUCUACUGACGGUGGAUGAUGUCCCGGUCAAUGUACAGGACAAUGCUGGUUGGACUCCUCUGCAUGAAGCCAGCAGUAAUGGUCACGUGGAGGUGGCUGACCUGUUGUUGCAGCACGGGGCUGACAGCAAUGCCUCUGCCAGGGAUGGAACCAGGCCAAUCCACGAUGCAAUAGAGAUUGGUAAUGUGGACAUGGUGAGAUUACUGGUAGAGCGAGGUGCUGAUCUGCUGGUGGAGUUUGGCGAGCGGACAGCUGUCGAGUUUGCCAGAGACCAUAGACAGCUCGAGAUCGCUGACUACAUCAAGGAUGUGAUUCAAAAGAGGCAAGAGAAGAAGGCAAUUCUCGCAGCCGCUUCGGUCAGAAACUCCGCCCCCCACCAGAAGACCACACCCACCAGAACAUCGAGGAAAGAUAAGUUACUGAAGCAAGUUGAACAUCUGGUACCUCGCAUUCCUGUUAAUGGAUAUGGACCAGAAUCUGUCAGCUUUGGAGAAGAGCUAGACUAUCCACUGUUCUAUGUAUCGCCAGUAAUAGAACUCUCGACCAGGCCACAUCUCACUGUCUACAACUUUCAGAUAUCUCCUCCGGGAACUUUUAACCCCAGGCGGCACAAUUUUUACAUGAUGGACGAUAUUUUGGAGACGCUCGGCCUAACUGAAGACGAGUUCAUUUCAGAGUGUCGUGACGUAAAUAUUCUCGAACUGACAGUGGCAGAAUUCAUCCACAGAAUGAAAGUCUCCCCGUACAACAUGCAAGUGGCCAUCCCUGAAAAAACCAAGGCCCUGCCCAAAAAGCAGGCUAUAAAGUUUGUGCCGCUCUGCCGAAUGCUAUCUCAGAUGUUAGACAUCUUGACGGAGAAUAUGGACAACUAGAACGGAGUUCACCGUGUGUGUGUGUGGUGCUAAUCUGUCGCAAGGAAAUAUAAAAUCCGGAAAUCCGUUGAGAUUAUCUCGAAGCCCUAUCUCACUCUCCUUAUGUGUGUCCUCUCAUUUUAUCAAAACGAGUCCCCCCCUUCCGUCUGUCUGUGUCUCUAUCAUUUAUACAUUCACACCUCACCCUGACUUUAUGUGUAUGAUGACUACGAGAAAAUUUAAUUAAAAAAUUCGCUUACAGUUUUUUACAAUCAGUUGUUAUCCAAUGGUUUCACUUGUGCUAAUGAACUAAUUUAGAGAAAAAUUUCAUAUUACCCGAGAGGAAAAAUUGUGAGAGAAGAAUAGGCUUUGUUGGGAGUCAGUUUCUGUCCUUGCGCCAUUGCCAUGCGUGCAUGACUCCGUCUGAGUCACAUGAUAGUAUCAUGGAAUGAAACGUGGGAUGCCAGGAAUGGACUGUGACCCUGCAGAGCGGGUUGUCAACCUCGUGUCCCUCGUGGAGGAAAACUGGCGAUGGAUUGGUGAUGUCGUUGCUCCAAGAAACAAUGUCAUAGAUAGCCACGCCUCUCCCGGGCCCUGAUACUGAAAGCUCGUUGGAGGACUGAGAAAACUGCACACAUGGAGUGAUUGGUUUGGUCCCAGUAGUAUUAAACUGACUCCACGAAGGCAUGGUAUCGUGUGCAGUGGAACUCAAAGACGCACCUGAAAUGAGGACACUUUCUCUACUUCCUUUCCCCGAGAACAUGCAGUUCGUGCAUACAGUUGAACCCCUGAAAUAAGGACACCUCACUAAUUAUGGACACUUUUUUCUGUCCAAUUGGUGUCUAGAUUAGAGGGGUUCCACUGUAUGUAUCAGUUAUACAUGAAGCCUGUGGUAUCCAUGACGCUCCACGUCUAUCAAAAAUCCUCAGUCUUCCUCUGUCAGACAAUGUCGCACACUUGUUCCCACACACUGCCAUUGCGUGACCCCCCUCGGUUCCCCCAGAACUGGCCCCAGUGGUUGGACUUGGUGAGAACUUCAGCGACCCCGUGCCAGGGACGCGAGAGUCCCAGAGUAUCAGUUCCCCUCUGUCGGAGCAGGUGAGAAAAAUGUGGUUCUCCCCUGACAGUGACUCCACUGCAUGUAUGGCAACAUCAGACCCUCUCUUGUCUUUUGGAGUAU